AAUCUUUAAAGUUUGUUUUACUCAGCGCAGCAAAAUCAUUACAUGCAAUGUUUUAAUCUUAUGAUAUAGAGUUUUCAAAACUCUAAUAUGUUUACAUUCUGCUGCGCGUGCAUAUUAAUGUAUUGUGCAAGGAAAAGCAUUGGGAGGUUGGUUGAAUUACAAAUACUAUGCCCAGAAUCAAUUCUAUGAAGAAAAAAAUGAAGGCAACGAACUGAUAAAUCGCAUAAAUUCGAUUGUGUGCUCUUAAAUACUGGCACUGAUAAAAAUGCUGGCUAUAAAACUAGAAGCACAAUUACCGUUCUGUUCUGCUGCCAAUAGAAAUAAAAAUACGUCAUUUGUGUGCAAUGAGUAUUUAUCAAAAUUUAGACAAUUUCAGCGGAAGGUGUAGUACCAAACAUAACACCUCAGAGACGAAAACAAACCCUUUGACUAAUUCAAAUAGUAAAUAUGUUUACAUGUACAUGCAUUUGGAUCAUAUGAAUUCAUCUAAAGAGUGCAAACAUGAGCCCAUGGUACACCAAAAGUGGGAUCAAGUGCCAAGAAGGAGUGAGCAUUCCCAAUUGACCGGCCACACCCGCCUCGAGUCCUCUGUCUUGAUUAGAUAAAGGUGGUAAUCUACAACCAUGUGAUACAUAUUAAUGACAUGAAUUUGUUGUUGUUUGUUUUUCCCUUUUUUCAUCUUUUUUUUUUUUUUUUGGUUUUUUUUUUUUUUUUGGUCUUCUUUUUUUUACUGUUACUGUCAUCAAUGUUUUCAGCAUUCAGCAUUCAAUUGUGUUGUUUUCUUUGGUUAUGGAUGUGUCCGAAAGUAAUACAACAAUUUAUGAUUUAUAACAAACAAUAUUUCAUGAACUAGACUGUUUCUUUAGAAUAAACCGUUGUUGAAAUAUGACUUCUCUUUUUACCAAACUUUUAAAUCAUUCGCGACGUGUUUGCACAUGUUGUAGUAAUGCCCUCAACUUUCUUGUUACACCGUUAGUUCCUCAUCAGUCCAGACACAUAACACCGUAUCACCCCCACGUAACAAGUUACAACCCCCGUUCCUUAGGGCACCCGGUAAUGUCCGAAUCAAGCUGUGAUUGGUGAGUGAAUAAGAGGUGAGAUAUCACGAAACCUACGUCAGCUAACAUAACACUUGAUUGAUGAUAAUUUGCACAGACAUCCCACUCUACUAAGGUGCAUAAAUAACCUGGAUUGGUCAUUUGAAGUUAGUUGUAACUUGGAUAUAUUAGUAUUAACAAGGUAAGAAAGCAUAUCUGAAGUUUUAGCCCAAAUACGUACCUUUUAUAGUUAAAACUUUUAAUGUUUUUAAAAUUUUAUCUGAUUGAUUAGAUUUUCUUGAAAAAGUUACAUGAUGGUAUAUAUUUUUAUUUUACAGAUGAGGGUUUCUUUCGUCAUUUUCGUUUCAAUUGCACUCUGUGGAACAAUUUUUGCACAAAUUAACCCACAGUUAAAUACACAACUUCGGACAGGCCAAAUGACUGGCGUUCCUGGCCAAUUCGGGGUACCUGGUCAAAUGGGGGCAAUGCCUGGCCAACUAGGAACACAGUUUAACCAAUUUGGAAGGAUGCCAGGACAAGUAGGAAUGAAUCAACUUGGAAGUACAUUCCCCGGAACGUUUAAUCAGUUCGGCAACCAAUUUGGGAUGGGUUUUAACAAUCAGCUCGGUCGCGGUCCAUCACUUGUGCCGAGCGGCCAGAUGGGCGGGUUUGCCGGUACUACUGGUUUCAAUCAGUUUGGAACGGCUGGAUUUAACACCCCCAUGGGAAGUCCUUUCGUAAAUCAAUUAGGGACAGGAUUAAACCAGUUUGGUACAGGAUUAAACCAGUUCGGCACAACUGGAUUCAAUACCGGUUUCAACGCUUUCAACCGUAACCGACUUGGGCAACCAAAUAUGGCUGGUCAAUUUCCCGGUCAAAUGAACCAGUUUAAUCAGCUCAGCCCUGGACUCAGACAACCUAUUGGUUAGUGCCCUCAUUUCAAUUGCUCACCGACAUUGAAGAUAAAGAAAAAACCGCGCAUUACGACACACAAAUUAAAAGCAUAACCUGCAAGUUGUUUAGAGCAACACCAAAUACUGUGUUGAAGAUUACUAUUGAGGAACAUUUUUGGUAAAGAAUUCUGAUAAAAUUUCUCGUAAACUUUGUUUACUAUUUUUAUACUUUCUUGCAGGAAAAUAAAUCGAGAGGUGCAUUAAGAGUAAAGAAAGAAAUUCGCGUCAUCAGUUUCAUGGUGCUGAUUUCGCUGUGCAGGUGACUUUGACAUUGUGAUACGUGCCACGUGAUUUGUGUAAAAUGACACAAAACUACUCACACACCUCCACAGUGGA